GCCUACCCCACCCCCACCCACCGUACCCCUGGCGGCUUCAGGUUUGUGGGGCGUACGUAACUUGGUUGGGGGCGGUGAAGGCGCCAGGCCCCCGCUGCCCACCCCCUAUGGAGGAGUGCGGCCGUCCCAACUAGGGAAGCUGGGACACUGUUAUCUUCUCUUCCCCGGGGGAAGUUGGUGAAGUUUUCCCGGCGGAGGAUUCGGAGCAGAAACUUCCUCCGUCCCCCUCCCCCCCUCCAUGCAGGCGACGUCGAGUGAGGCUGGGGGCGAAUCGCCGCAGAGCUGCGUGCCGGCCGCGCACUCAGAUUGGGCUUCGGGGAAGCCUGUCAGCUUAUUGGCCCCGCUGAUCCCGCCCCGAAGCGCAGCGCAGCCUUUAACCUUUGGCCCCGGCGGGCGCCAGCCACUCAGAUCGCUUCUUGUUGGCAUGUGUAGCGGCAGUGGCCGCCGGCGGAGCAGUCAGAGUCCGACGAUGAGGCCGGGGACGGGAGCAGAGCGUGGAGGCCUCAUGGUGAGUGAAAUGGAGAGCCAUCCUCCGUCGCGGGGUCCCGGGAACGGGGAGCGGAGAUUGCCCGGCUCAAGCCUUUGCUCCAGCUCUUGGGUCUCUGCUGACGGCUUCCUGAGGAGCCGGCCCUCGAUGGGACACCCUGGCAUGCACUAUGCCCCCAUGGGAAUGCACCCUAUGGGUCAGAGAGCGAAUAUGCCACCUGUACCUCAUGGAAUGAUGCCACAAAUGAUGCCCCCUAUGGGAGGGCCACCAAUGGGACAAAUGCCUGGAAUGAUGUCUUCAGUAAUGCCUGGGAUGAUGAUGUCUCAUAUGUCUCAGACUUCCAUGCAGCCUGCCUUACCGCCAGGAGUAAAUAAUAUGGAUGUAGCAGCAGGUACCACAUCUGGCGCAAAAUCAAUGUGGACCGAACAUAAAUCACCUGAUGGAAGGACUUACUAUUACAAUACUGAAACAAAACAGUCUACUUGGGAGAAACCAGAUGAUCUUAAAACACCUGCUGAGCAACUGUUAUCUAAAUGUCCUUGGAAGGAGUACAAAUCGGACUCUGGAAAGCCUUACUAUUAUAAUUCUCAAACAAAAGAAUCCCGCUGGGCCAAACCUAAAGAACUUGAGGAUCUUGAAGGAUACCAGAAUACCAUUGUUGCUGGAAGUCUUAUUACAAAAUCAAACCUGCAUGCAAUGAUCAAAGCUGAAGAAAGCAGUAAGCAAGAAGAGUCCACUACCACCUCAGCAGCCCCAGUUCCUACAACAGAAAUUCCGACUACAAUGAGCACUAUGGCUGCUGCAGAAGCAGCAGCUGCUGUUGUUGCAGCGGCAGCUGCUGCAGCAGCAGCUGCUGCAGCAGCCAAUGCCAGUGCUUCCACGUCUACUUCUAAUACUGUCAGUGGAACUGUUCCAGUUACUGAGCCUGAAGUUACUUCCAUUGUUGCUACUGUUGUAGAUAAUGAAAACACAGUAACUAUUUCAACUGAAGAACAAGCACAACUUACUAGUAGUACCUCGGCUGUUCAAGAGCAAAGUGUUGAAGUAUCCAGUAAUACAGGAGAAGAAACAUCUAAGCAGGAAACUGUAGCUGAUUUUACUCCCAAAAAGGAAGAAGAGGAAAGUCAACCAGCAAAAAAAACAUAUACUUGGAAUACAAAGGAAGAGGCAAAACAAGCCUUCAAAGAAUUAUUGAAAGAAAAGCGGGUACCAUCUAAUGCUUCAUGGGAGCAAGCUAUGAAAAUGAUUAUUAACGAUCCACGAUACAGUGCUUUAGCAAAGUUGAGUGAAAAAAAGCAGGCCUUUAAUGCUUACAAAGUCCAGACUGAGAAAGAAGAAAAAGAAGAAGCAAGAUCAAAAUACAAAGAGGCUAAAGAAUCGUUUCAGCGUUUCCUUGAAAAUCAUGAAAAAAUGACUUCUACAACCAGAUACAAAAAAGCAGAGCAAAUGUUCGGAGAGAUGGACGUCUGGAAUGCAAUAUCAGAACGUGAUCGUCUUGAAAUCUAUGAAGAUGUUUUGUUCUUUCUUUCAAAAAAAGAAAAGGAACAAGCAAAGCAGUUGCGAAAGAGAAAUUGGGAAGCCUUAAAAAAUAUACUUGACAACAUGGCUAACGUAACAUACUCUACUACUUGGUCUGAAGCCCAGCAGUAUCUGAUGGAUAAUCCAACUUUUGCAGAAGAUGAAGAGUUACAGAACAUGGACAAAGAAGAUGCAUUAAUUUGCUUCGAAGAACACAUUCGGGCUUUAGAAAAGGAAGAAGAGGAAGAAAAACAGAAGAGUUUGCUGAGAGAAAGGAGACGACAGCGUAAAAAUAGGGAAUCUUUUCAGAUAUUUUUAGAUGAAUUGCAUGAACAUGGACAGCUGCAUUCUAUGUCAUCUUGGAUGGAAUUGUAUCCAACGAUUAGCUCUGACAUUAGAUUCACUAAUAUGCUUGGUCAGCCUGUUUUUUCAUUAGGAUCAACUGCACUUGACCUUUUCAAGUUUUAUGUUGAGGAUCUUAAAGCACGAUAUCAUGAUGAGAAGAAGAUAAUAAAAGACAUUCUAAAGGAUAAAGGAUUUGUAGUUGAGGUGAAUACUACUUUUGAAGAUUUCGUGGCAAUAAUCAGUUCAACUAAAAGGUCAACCACAUUAGAUGCCGGAAAUAUUAAACUGGCUUUCAAUAGCUUACUAGAAAAAGCAGAAGCCCGUGAACGUGAAAGAGAAAAAGAGGAGGCUCGGAAGAUGAAACGAAAAGAAUCUGCCUUUAAGAGUAUGUUGAAACAAGCUGCUCCUCCAAUAGAAUUGGAUGCUGUCUGGGAAGAUAUCCGGGAGAGAUUCGUAAAAGAGCCAGCAUUUGAGGACAUAACUCUAGAGUCUGAAAGAAAACGAAUAUUUAAAGAUUUUAUGCAUGUGCUUGAGCAUGAAUGUCAGCAUCAUCAUUCAAAGAACAAGAAACAUUCUAAGAAAUCUAAAAAACAUCAUAGGAAACGUUCUCGGUCUCGAUCGGGGUCAGAUUCAGAUGACGAUGAUAGCCAUUCAAAGAAAAAAAGACAGCGAUCUGAAUCCCGUUCUGCUUCAGAGCAUUCUUCUAGUGCUGAGUCUGAGAGAAGUUACAAGAAGUCAAAAAAGCAUAAGAAGAAGAGCAAGAAGAGGAGACAUAAAUCUGACUCUCCAGAGUCUGAUGCUGAGCGAGAAAAGGACAAAAAAGAAAAGGAUCGGGAAAGUGAGAAGGACAGAACCAGGCAAAGAUCAGAAUCAAAACACAAAUCACCUAAGAAAAAGACUGGAAAGGAUUCUGGUAAUUGGGAUACUUCCGGCAGUGAACUGAGCGAAGGGGAAUUAGAAAAGCGCAGAAGGACCCUUUUGGAGCAACUGGAUGAUGAUCAAUAAAUUAUACCAAAUAUAUGUUUACAGUAUGAUUUAAAUCUAAUUCAGACCAGGGACUCUAUUUUAAGUUCAUUUGAAAUAACACUGGGUUUUAAUUCUAUCACAGAACAAAAAGUGCAUUUAAGUAUUGUUAUUGUGGACUUGACUUUAUAAAGACAAAGGAAAUUGAAAAUAACUUUUGAUUCUAUAACCAGAAUCAUAUUUUCAUAUGGUCAUAACUGUCUUUUUGUGACCCUUUCAGAGGGCACUGCAGGAUGGAUUAAAGGUGGCAAUUUACUGAUAACUGCAGAUGUCUCUACUUUGUUCUAAAGUCUAAGUCAUGAGGUGAUUUGAUUUAUAGAAGUUGGAUUUUGAUGAUGAAAUUUUUUUUGAUACAUAGUAGUCCAAAAAAAGCACCAGCAACUGAUAAAACUGCUUUUUUGUGCACUACCCAAGUGGUUAAAGCUGAUGGGAUCUUUUAUGGUGAGCUCCUAAGAAAUAGGAGAUUUUGAUGGAAGUCUGGUAGACCAGGAGCUACAGUGGUGCCAAUGAACACUACUGUAAUAAAGCCACCUUUGUUAUUUUUUACGAAACAUCUGAAUACAUUUUCAAAAGGCUAUUAUGAGGGCAUUAUUUUGAGCAUCUAUUUUGAGGUGAUGUUUAAGAAAAUUAACAUCAAAUCAAAUUGUAAAUUAGUUUAAAUACAUUUGCCUUAAGGACCUACUAAAGAAUGUGCCACCAAAUUUUAAAUGAUAGUUGCAAUAUCCUUGUCUAAAACACAAAUCAAUGUUGACUUAAACAUUUUCUUUAACAGAGUUGUCUUUUUUUUAAAAAAUCCAAUCUUUUUUUUCAUUGAGGAAGUCUUUUACCUUCCCUACUCACUGAGAAGUAUUGACUUCGUGGUACACAUUCUAAAGCAUUUCUGAUUUGAAUAUUUUUGUACAUUUUUAUCAAUUAUUAAACCUUCUCUUCUAGUGUGUACUAGUAUUUAUUUCUACUUAAACUGCUCAGCUCUAAAGAAAUUGUAUGAUCAUUUAAAGAUAAAUCCCUGAGAUUUUGCUUUAUCCAACCCAUGUAGCUAGUUUACGUUCCUUUUUUAAUAUUUAAGAAUGUUAUAAAUCUGCAUUUAAGGCCCCUUUGACUGGAGGAGCCCUGGUGGUGCAGUGGUUAAGCACUCAGCUGCUAACUGAAAGUCAGUGGUUUGAACCCACCAGCUGCUCUGCUGGAGAAAGUUGUCGCAGUCUGCUUCCCUAAAGAUUACAGCCUUGGAAACCCUGUGGGGCAGUUCUGUGAGUCGCUAUGAGUUGGAAUCGACUUGACAGCAGUGAGUUUUGUUUUUGUGUUUAAUCUGUGAAUUUCCUACAGGAUAUUUUAGGGAGGCAGUGGUUUGAAUGAAUGCUAACUUUGAAAGGUUGGUAAUGUAACUUACAUUCUUUUCCUUCAGUGCAGGAGAUUUUUUUUAAGUGAAUUUUAGCACAUAGUCUUUGCUAUUAUCUAGGCAUUACCUUAGGUAUUGUCUUUGUUAUUCUUUUAAUUUGGUCACUGUUUCAAGUUGGGGUUUAGAAGAACAAAAACUUCAUUUUACUUUUCCUUCAUCAUCUUAAUGAAGCUGAAAGUGGGACUGACCGGGAUGACUCUUUUCCCUUUCUUCCCAUUUUUGAGUUUAAUCUACAGUGUCCACGCUAGUAAAAAGGGAAAAAAUUGUUUCUAAAUCUCUCUACCAAGUCAUUUUUCUGCUAUGAAAUUUUACAUGACUUUGUAGAAAGUGAAAAUUACUGUGUCUUUAAGAAAAUAUGAAGUAAUCAAACUGCUUGCUUGAGAUUAAUCGCCAAUUAUAUAUUAGAACCAAAACAAAGCAACAACUUUGGCAUAAAGAGAGUUGCCUAGAUUUAAUUCUCAGAAGUCCCAUUGUAAUGACAAUAUUACUAAUCAUGUCAAACACUUGACAUUGAAAUCUGGUAAAGUCUUAGGCAUAUGAUACUGGCAGAAAUACUAAUGAUACACUUCACAAGAGAAUUUAGAAUCUGUAAAACAGUUUUAAUCACUUCCAUGAAUGAUGACUUUUUAAAAUUACGUUAAACUUCUGAGUUUUUAAAUUUGAAUAAAAGGCUAUUGAUGUGUUUUAGUAUGUCCUCAAAAUAGAUUUUUGUAUUUUUUAUAGAGAUACCAUCUCAUCACAACCUCAGAUCUCUACAAGGCAGUGUGAAUUCAAGUUUCCCUUUAGUGUCCACUCAUGAAAAUUAUUUGAACUAAAAACAAAAGUGGUGAGCAAAUUACAACUGAAAAUACAACAUCUUAGGUUACAGAUCUUCCUAUAAAGGAUGUAACUGAAGUCAUGUAAUACUGGUCUGCCUUUGAUGAUCCCAACAAAUGGUAUUUAGUUGCCAGUUCAGAACAGUCUGAAGCACAGGUGAUGGGAAGUUUUGUUUUAGAGCAAAAGUUCUGAGUGAAUACUUUUAAUCAGAUUAAGUUUCUAAAUCUUCAGUUUGGUGAGGGAUUGAAAUGUCUUAGAAUAUUGAUUCUACUACAGUUUAACAGACGUGUUCAAACAGGAAAAUGUGUUUACCUUCAGAUAAGGGGCAUUUAUACUUUUCAGUUAUGCCUCAGAUUCUUAGGAAAACACUGAGGAUUUAUCCUCAGUAUCAUUAAUAUUAAUGAAUUAUUGGAUUAAAUUCACAUUUAUUAUACUUUAAAUAGUCAAAAUCAGGACCUCAUAUAUUUGAUGUUCUUAUUUUCUCCCAAUCAUAAUUGCUAUGUAGGAAAAUUGAGUUUGUAUGAAAAGACAAUUUAGACAAUCAGGUAUGAAGAAUUGUUUGUACUUCUCCUAAGUGUAUUUAAAUGACACAUUUAAAUAAAAUCCAUGGCCCCACCAUAUUAAACAAAAUGACCAUUUCAUUAUCCUUAGCCAAAGCAGAUUCAGCAUCUUAGAUUCUUUUCAACAUAUAAAAAUGUUUUAUAUUUAUUUGACCAUAAAUUUGAUAAUGGUCAAAGUAUCAUAGCUAUUUUAUCCCUUGAUUUGACAAUUGGGUCUCACCAUAUUCAACCAUAAAGUGAAAAGGAUUGGCCUAGAAUAGAUGAUUUUAAUUCAUAGUGGUAGGUUGAAGAAUGUGUAAAAACUCCUGGAAUAUUUCUGUGCUUUUUUCUGGAAAGCGGGUCCACAGUUUAUUUGAUUACCUAAGGGCAUGUGUCCUGUGUUACGAAGCCUUUGCUUAGAUGCUCCUGGGUUUUCUCCCAGUGCUAAUAGUCAACUGCUGACCAGGCAGCCACUUUUAUUUCUAUUGCCAGAAAAAAAUAACCCCUUUACAUAAAGUUUUUUUUUUUUUUAACUUGCUUUUGAGAGAGAACUGUUUCUAAUCAUACAGUACCCAGGGAAGAGAAAUGCUUUUUUUUAUUUUUUAAAGUUUAUAAGAUAUUUUAAGUAUGUUAUGUAAAUUAAAAUGUAAGCUACAAAACUAAAGAACUUCAGCUUUUAAAACUAAAUAAAACAUUUCUAAAAGCAAAUCGUGACAAAGCACAUUAAUGCCUUGUACCUUAAAUCUAGACUCUUCCCUUUGGGAUGUCUCUCAUACUAGGUAAAAUUUAAUUCAACCAUCCCAUCUUCUGUAAGGUAAAAUUGCACCUGUUUUAUGUAAAGGAAAAGCAAAAUAGCAUCGUGUUAUUUUCAUGGAACUGUGUUCUAAUAGGCUUAUAAUCCUAUGCGGUGGUUCAGGUAAUGACAAAUACUGAUCUAAUAAUUCUUACCUGGCUUUUGGUUUUGUUUUCCAAUUCUUUUGACUUAAAUGGUGGGUCAUGUAAGCUCCUCAGGGGCCGGGAUCUGUCUGUUUUUCAUUGUUAUAUCCCUGGGAAAUAGAACAGUGCCUGGCACAUUUAGGCAUUUAUUGCAUGAGUAAAAUAUUAGUUGAUAUAUGUGCUCAUUCAGCAUCCAUAGUAUCCAUCAUCUAUAUUAAAGGGCUUAGAAAAGCAUCUUUGCAAUAAACCAUACUAACAACUAAAGCCACAUACAUAAUUGAGUACAUUUAAAGUAAGGUUUAGCACCAGUACCUUCUCUUCACUGCUGCUUCAUUAAUGCCCAAAAGCUUGCUAGUGAGAAGAUAGUCUUUAUGUGGUUUUUGAGUAGGAAAGGAAAUAACUUGUGAUGAUUUGAAACAGUCCUUUCACAUAUUGAUAAAUUGGUAUACCAUACUAGUUAACUUUUAUUUGAGAAUGUAACAUUCAGCUAGAUAGAAUUGGCCUUUAAAAAGCCCUAAUGGACUUAAUAGCCAAACUAGGCCAAGAACUAACCAUCUCAGGUUAUCUGUGACAUGGCAGGCACUCAAGUAUUUAUUCGAGCUGACUUAAAGGUGGGGUGGAGAGGGGGAGAAGAUUUUGCUCCAAUCAUCCACAUCCUCCCAUUGUUUACCUCCUUGUCUACCUAGCCUAAGUUCUUUAAGUAGCAGAUUCUCUACUUGAACUUGCUAUGCAAAGACUGUCAGACUGCUUCUGUAACUCUCAGUGGGAUCUAGUUCAAGACCAUCUCAUUAUUGCUAGUGAUUGGUUAAUUGUGACAAUUUGAUGUAUGCCCUAGGUGUAAAUAAGUUGAUGUUUGCGUAUCAGGAGGACCUGGAUAAACCCCCUAAUUUUCCAUUAUAGACCAUAAAACAAUGAGUGGCUGCCUAAUUGGUUCAGAUUCAAACUAAGCCAUUUCUUGAUGCUUUUCUUCUUUGCUGUUCCUUGGGUAUCUAAACAUGCAAUUUAUAAACAUUUUUUUGGUCUUACCUGCAAACAUCUUUGGUAAAUGUUGGUCUUCUUGCCUACCUCUACAAGUAAACUGAGGACUUGUUCUGAAAGGUGAGUAAUGGGGAAAACAAGGUUUCUAUUUUGUGUUUAUAAUUGCCAGAUUUUCUCUUCUGUUUAUAUAUUGCUCUGAUGUAAAUAAAGAACCUCAUAAAAUUAGACCUUUUGUAAAUAAAUACAACUUACUAGAAAAAAA